UAGGACACGGCUAACAGGAAUGAACGAGCUGAAAUUUGUUUUAUUUUGAAGGCACAUAUACCAUAGGCCUACAUCUCAUUUUGUAACUUGAUUCAGCUUGCGUUGCUUCCGCCUUCCGCUUGUAUCACAUGGCAGGUCCAUACGGAAGAGGCAGAAUCAUGGAGCACAAAGCGAUCCUAUCCACUCUGAGAGAGCGCUUUGACUGUCUGACAGCUGCAUACAGAUGUUUUCUGACGGGAUCAUGUCCCAGCCAAAGUGCUGCCGAUGUGGCGGGUGUGAUAUUUUCCGGGGUGUGUGGACUGGUGCCCGGUGAGAACAGAGAGUGUGCACCUGUAGAGUAUUGCCGUGACAACAGUGUGAAGCUGACCUGCAUCAGUGUGACUCUGGUGGAGAAGAUCACAUCCAGCUUAACGUCCCAGAGUCUUCCUCCAGCAGUCGCGUUAUACUGCGUGGAGAUCCUGAGGGUGUUGUUUGAAGACAUGGAUCUCAUGUCACAACUUGUCCAUCAGUUCCAGGCUAAGGACCAGAUCAUCUCACAUCUGGCUGCAAAGUGUGUAUCAAUGCGUGUUUUCUAUCAUCUCCACAAAUAUAGUACUGUCAGUCCUGUCUGGAAGCAGAAGUGUGUGGAGGGAUUUCACAGCUCACCCCCUGGUAUCGAAUUGGAUGCAUGUCUGUGGUCACUGACUGAGGUCUUAAAAAAACUUCUUAAAGGAGCUCAUCAAGAGAUCCUUGGGAAACUUCUGGCAGCUUUUGACUCUAGCCUGAGUGCUUUAUGUUCAAAGUUUCUCCCUGAAGAGAGAAAAGAGGUAAUGCAGUGUUUGGUGGAUUUUACCCGCAACAGACACUGGGGAACAACAUUCUGCCUCCUGCUGGACCUGCUGGAGGUGCUGACUGCAUCCAGUUUGAUAUGUGGAACUGGUGUCUGUCUGAAGAGUCAGAGAAUAACCUACAUCCACUCUUCAGCACUCCUGACAAUUAUCAGCUGCUCCUCAGAGUAUUUUAUCAAAAAGCGAGCGCUGCUGCUUCUAAAGAGAGCUGUUCUUCAGAAGGCUGGAGAGGACUGGGCUUUAGGAGAAGUGCUGUUCCCUGGGCUGAAAUAUGAGCACUUCAAUUCUGAUAUGAGCAUGCUGGCUCAGAGUGUGUUAACAGCAGUGGCUGCUAAUUGGUUACAGAGUGUUCAAGUGGAGUGUGCCUCUUUCUUUGGGGGGACUAGACACACCCGAGGUGAUGAAGGUCAGAAACCAGACUGUGUGAUGCUGAGAGCUGUCAGCCUGCUUCUUCUCAAGUCCAUGGAGCUUCACAUCCAAACAGCUGCUGGAGCAGAAGCGGAAAGUGCCAAAGAGGUUUAUGGGUAUCUUCAGAGUCUGUGGGGCUUCCUGAGGCAGUACAGUGUUCAGCUGACGGAGGUCACUCACCUCUGCUGCUGGGUCAGCUGGCUGUUUGGAGAACAGGACGACGACAUGUUCGAGGCAGCCAAAGCUUUGCUUUCCAUAUUCCUCAAUCACAGACUGUGUUCUAGAUUGGAUGACCUUGCUGUGUUGGAGGCAGCCUGUGCCUCUGGCUGCAACCCUCACUGCCACUUCCUGCUUAUGCUUCAGAGCAUCUCCUUUGAUCACAGCAUCCUCCUUGACUUCCUCAUCUCCACUGAAUCCUGCUUUCUGGAGUACUUUGUGCGGUACCUCAAGUACCUCAGAGCUGACUGGCAGGGCUUCACUGCAGCAUGUGGAAGAAUUAGUGUGUCAGACUGUCAUCUUUCACUGCAGCAAUCACUUUCUGCCUCAUGUGGUGGUGAUAUGUUUGCACUGACAUAUAAAGGUGAGCCAGAUCGAGUUGAAUUCAGCGCUUGUGUUCAGCCCACAGAUGUUAUUUCACCAGUGGAAAUGAUCCGUUUGGCUGCGGGGUUUCGCCUUGUAGAGUACGGUAGUUCUGACGAGUCUGACCCAGAGAACAUGGAGGUUUCUCAGGAUGAACCAGGGGCAUCUGUAUCGAAGAAAAGUAGAUUUAGAGCUGUGGAUGUGAAACAGGGGAUUGAUGGACCACCAAUACCUAUCAGACAGAAACAAUAUGAGUCAUCUAACGUUACAGAAAAAAGACCAGAAACAUCAUUACAACUGUUACAGAGUGAGCAAACAUCAAGUCCAAACAUGGCACCUCAGUCAGGACAGGUGACCUGUGAAACAUCAGCCAGAGCAAUCCUCUGUCUGUCAGAGCUCAGAGAGGUGGUGACGAGGCUGCAGACAAAGAAACUCUUCCCAUACAAUCCUUCUUCACUCUUAAAGCUUUUAGCACAAGUAGAGAACUGUUCUCAGCAAUCACAUCUGUCACAUUUCAGUAAAUGAUAGAUAUAUAAUAUGUGUUCUAUUUUGUGAGGUGGCGUGGAAAAUGGAACAGGCAAGUGUGGGGUAAAGACAAAGAAUAGAGAUGAAAUGAUUAGUCGAUAAAUCAGUUGUUCCAAUGACUGAAAAUAAUUGAUAACUCUAAUAACUGGUUAUAAUGUUAUAACCAGUUGGCCAAAAAUAUAUUACUGCUUUAAGUUGAUCUUUACCUUUCACACACACUCUAUGUAAAUUCAUUCCAGGAAAAAUACUCAUAUAACAGUACUGGCACAACAACCAAUACCAGAAUGCAAGUGGAUGCAGAAACAGACCAAAUAAAGAAACCAACAAACAGAUAACAAUGGGGAAAAAUAAAAACAGUAAAACGGGAAACAAUGGAACAAACAAUGAAAAGGACAAAUAUUGCUAAUAUUCAUAAUAGUAAACACAUGAAUGGUAUGCUAUGGACAGCAAAUAUUUGCCAGAAGAACUCACUUUAAAAGUUGAAAGUCAGAGCAACUUAACACCCCAUGAAAAUCUUGUUUUUGCUGACCUCCAGUUGUUUAACUUCUCAUCUUUUUGCAGUGAUGUAGAAGUAUACUCCAGGGUGUGUCAGACACUGUGCCUCUUUGGGCAGAUAAUAAGUCACAAUAAGUUAUCUCCUGUCACUGCCAUGCAGAUUAUAUUAAAAUUAUACAUCUCAUUUAAGCCUCAAAAUGUAGCAAAAUAUUCAGUUUAAAGUCUAUAAAAAAUGUGUGGCAGGUGAUUUCCUACAGAUCAAUUAGUUUUUCCAGCUGAGAAACAUUGCAAAACAAAGGCCCAUUGUGUCUCAAGCUGACAUGGAGAUGAUUAUUCACACUUUUAUCUUGUCUCAUCUUGACUAUUGUAACUCCCUCUUCACCUUUCUCAGCAAAACAUCCCUGAAUCGUUUACAAGUGGUCCUAAAUGCUGCUGUUAAGUUUUGGUAAGGUCCUCCAAAAUGUCUUAUGUGACCCUAAUCUUGAUUUAUUUUCACUCGGUGCCCAUCAAAUUCAGAAUUCAAUUCAAGGUUCUUGUAAUCACUUACAGAGCUCUGCAUGGGCAGCAUUAUAGAUGCACGGCCGCCCUAUGUCACCAGUAGGCCUCUGAGGUCCUCUGAUCAGGGUUUGUUGGUUGUUCCUCACUCCAGGUUUAAAACUAAAGGAGACUGUGUUUUUGUGGUUGUGGCUCCUAAACUUUCAAACUGUGUAAUUAUUAUUCUAUUUUUAUUUAUUUCUAUUUCAUGGUGUGUUUUUUUCUUGAGUCUGUAUUCAUGUCUGUUGCCUUAUUGUUAUUGUGAAGAACUUUGUGAUUUUCUGCUCUUUAAAGGUGCUAAAUAAAGUAAAUAAAAAAAUAAA